UGAGGAGCCUGGAAUAAAUCACCAAUCCCCUCCCUGACGUUUUUUUCUUCUUCUUCUUCUUCUUCUUUCUUCUUCUGCUGGUUAAAAUGACUGUUAAUGAAUGAAAGCAUUUUCCUCUCGUGUCCCAUCGCGUUUAGUGGGAAGACCUCUGGUGUCAGGGAGCAGGGUGUCUCGGGCUGGCGCAGACAAGGUGAGAGGGAUGGAGCAGUGCGCUGCCCGGUGGAGGGGCUGAGGCGGUAACACACUUUUCUCCCUCCUUGAGCGCACCAGCGAGCACUGAUCCAUAGGUGGAAAGCAAAGAGAUCUUCCCAGACAAGAUCACAGAAAUGUAACAAUUAGCCGACGAGUGGAGAGGAGAGCUGAAAAAGAGGGGGGGAGGAUUUUAAGGAAAGCGACGGCAUCAAAGUCUACAAUAUUAAGGAGGAUUUGAGGAGUCUUCGUUUAUAAUCCGACAUCAGAGGCGGAAUGUGAAUCGAAAUAACUUAUGUUAAUUAGAGAUUUUAACGAGUGUGAUGCGAUUUGAACGGCUCGGGAGCACCGAGAGAGGAAUUUGAGAUCGGCCACUUGAAUUCUAACAUCUGGGGUUUUUGGAGAGUGCCUGUGUUCGCCGUCGACUUGCUCCCAGAACUGAUCUGUAGCCUGGGUACGGACGUUUAGGUGUAAAAGGAGUUGGCUGUCAGAGGCUGUGUCGGACUACUGUGCGCCUGUGCCCGUCACACACACACACACUGGAGUCGUCAACAUUUCGGACUGAGGAGAUGGUUUUCAGUGCGUCUGUUUCCCAAUGAUUGCCGCCUAAUUUUCUUAGAUCCGGCCGAGAUCUGCCAGACUUUGUGAAAAAAAGGGGGGUGGGUGGGGGGGAUUGUUUGUCCGUGUUUGUCAAACCCACGACGGGCUGCAGUGUAACUCAAUACACUCGGAUCGCGAGAAAAUCCAAAGGAGUGACAAGUGACAUUCGCACGACGAGCCACGGAUGCUCCGGAUCAACUUCAGAAACUAAAGCGCGCAAGUUUUAAGUCUGGAAUAUAAGAAUAGAUGAUUCUCAGAAGACGUAAGGCGAAAUACACCUAGUCCUACAAAAUGUUCAAAAGGGGCUGUGGGCUGGAGUUCCUGCUGGUUCUCUGUGGGUUGGAGUUUUCCUGGUCCUGCCCCCGCCACUGUAUCUGCUACACCGCACCCAGCACGGUCUCCUGCCAAGCCCACAACUUCCUGUCGGUCCCCGAAGGUAUUCCUCCCGACAGUGAGCGCAUCUUCUUGCAGAACAAUAAGAUCCAUCGACUACUACGGGGCCACUUCAGCACCAACACCGUCACUCUCUGGAUUUACUCCAACAACAUUACAUACAUUGAACCCUCCACGUUCCAUGGCUUCACGCUGCUGGAGGAGCUGGACCUCGGAGACAACCGACACCUGCGCUCCUUGACUGAGGACACCUUCCACGGGCUGAGUCGCCUCAAUGCACUUCACCUGUACCGCUGUGGGCUCAGUUCACUUCCAAAUAACAUCUUCCAAGGCCUCAGAAAUCUACAGUAUCUCUACUUGCAGGAUAAUCAUCUGAAGUUCCUGCAGGAUGACACAUUCAUGGAUCUACACAACCUGAGCCACCUGUUCUUGCAUGGAAACCGCCUGUGGAGCCUGAACCAGAACACCUUCAGAGGUCUUCGAGCCUUGGACCGUUUGCUUCUCCACCAAAACCAGAUAGAGUGGGUCGACCGUUUGGCCUUCCACGACCUGAAACGUCUUACCACCCUCUACCUGUUCAACAACUCCCUGGUAGAGCUGUCCGGACAGUGCCUGGACACGCUGCCCGCCCUGGAAUACCUACGCCUCAACGACAACCCCUGGUCAUGCGACUGCAAGGCCGUGUCGCUGUGGGAGUGGCUGAAGCGUUUCCGUGGCUCGACGUCCUCGGUGGGUUGCCACACGCCAGCUGACAUGGUGGGGAAAGACCUCAAGGAGCUGCGCAAGGAGGACUUCCCCAACUGUUCGCCGACUGUUCCUAACUCUGAGUCCAGAGCCCAGACUAACAAUUUAUCUGGCACGGUGAAUCCGUCUAUGAAUCGUGGAGUAGCAGUGGGCUCUGGGGGCCAGACCCACAUAGUGCAUCCCUCGAGGCCCGGCCGUUAUCGGAACUGCACGAAGCCUCGCAACAGGAUGAUCAAGGGCAAGGGUGACAACGAGGUCCACCACUCGAAAGAGGUCAUGGCAGACAAGGAGGAUUCGUCCCCAGAUUUCACAGAAGGGGGGAAACACGACCACACGUCCCCAGAUGGCACGGUCACACGGAGGAAGCACAAGUGCAUCCCCCGGACCACUGUUCGCCCCCCUAGCGGGGUUCAGCAAGCCAACAACAGGGCAACACUAUCCCAGCCCUUACUACAUGUCUACACCCUCUGUGUGGCCUUGAUAGUGACAAACACUGACUGCAUUCUCCGUUGACCUUCAGAGGGUUUAGCUUAUGCUAAUCUCAAAAAAAAUGACAACAACAACAAGAACAACAAGAAAAUGCAGCCCUCGGACCCUCUAUUGCUCCUGCACUAUAAGGCCUGUGUGUCUGUUAUGUAUGUGUGUGUGAGUGUGAGUGGGAUUAUAUGUGUAAACGUUGUGUAGGGAGCUUCACUGUUGAAACAGGUAUCAAAGCAUCAAACAUCUUUCAGAGAAAUUCACAGCACAAAUUCAGAGGGAUUGAGGGAGAUAAAAGGUGAACGCAGACAAAGCUUGCACUGCCAAUGCCUGUAUGAUUUCAUCGCCGUGCGUCCUGGUGUCUUAUAUAUUUCAGUUUUUCGCUCAACUGGAGCUCAGAUAACCAAAAUUUGGUGACAACAGAGCAAAAGAGUAUGAUGACGAUGACGGAGUAGGUAGGCGAGGUACAGCUUGUUGGCUAGUUGGCUCAGAAACAUAUAAGCUAGGUCUUUAUAAGUGCCCCAUUGAGCUUUAAGUUCAGCAGUUUGUAAAUUGUUAUCAAGAAGGUUUAAAUGGAAAGUCGAUGACCGUGUACAGCCUCCAGCGUGAGUUUUAUCCUGCUCUCAUCCUUUCUGCCAAAUGUAUUUUUCUGUUGCAUCCUUUGCUAACAGCAAACCCGAACUGCUGUUUCCUUGUUUCUCAAAGACAUAAACAUGGCAAUAAAUUGUCAGUCAAUAUCAGAGAUAGGAAUUUGCCAUUCUCACUCCAGAGUGAAAAUGUACAGCCACAGAUAUUUUAAGGCCAUAAACAGCAACAACCACGGCACUCAACACAACGCUGGCUUUUUCUUUCCCCCCCAGGUACCGAACCUUCUGUCUAACAGUAUUUCAACACGCAGCUCUGUCUGGCAUCUUUUGUUUAAGCCACCUCUCUCCUUCUGUGCAACUGAAGAUUAAGCUGCUAAUUGCUUCAAGAUGAUGAGGACUGCCAUCCACUGUUUUCAUUUGCCUGGAAAACAAUGUGCGUCUCUGGGAGCUCAAGCUGUGAAUAUUGAAGAGUCUGUCUGUAUCUCGUGUAAGAUGUUGUUCAUUUGAUUUUUUGGAAGACACAAAAAUGGACCUAGACAUGGAUCCCUGCCACAGGGCAGAUAGGAGCCUUUAGAGGUCGAGGGUUGGGAGGUCUCCCAGUUUUCCCCCCCGCGAGGUUGCGUUGAACCGAUUCCUCCACAGCGAGUACAUCCCUUCCUCGUCGAGAACGCGGGGAACCCUUUUUUUUUCUUUAUCUCCAAUCUUUAAAGAGAUACAGGAACAAGUCUCUAGGAAAAAAAAACAAAACAAAACAAAAAAAAUGUGUGUACCUUAAAUGACUUUUGUGAUCAAUAAACCGUCAAACGAACAAUUUGAAUGGAGCAUGGCAAAACUGGGAUCAUGCAGCAAGAAUUAUGCCUCUUUAUUAACUGAUUGUCCACGUGGAUCCAAGACCAAGACAUUUGCUUCUGACGUGAUAAGGGGAAGCGGUCAAACGCAGAUUGGCGGAUGGACUAUUAACGGGACGUCUUGCUGUACUUCUGGAGCUCUUGUGCCUCCCUUAGAUGUACUGAUAAGAUGUUGUUUGUAUCAAUGAUGUGAACUGUACCAAGAGGACUUCUUGCAGUGCUGAUAUUAAUCAUUUACUGUAUUACUAUGAGAAAAACAAUAUCAGUGACAUCAAUGAUGAUAACAGGGUUUUCCGCUCCUCCUGUCGGGAGGGCUGUUUCAGUUUCCGAAUUUUUUUUUUCCUGGUGAUUCAUUUAUUUACGUAUUUUUCAUGUCAUAUUUUUAGACUCUUUUCUUUGUCCGAUGCACAAUAAUUCCUCACCUCCCUCUUUAUUGUUCUACUGUACGCCGAUUCGUCUUCUUUUUGUAUUUCUUUGCCAUAAUUAAAUGGUUUCCGUACGUUAUCAUCAAAGGUCGACAGUACAAAAUGUUUAUAAAGAUAUUAAAAUCUAUAUCUUCUUAUGUCUAC